AUGCCUGCUUCGCGUGCUCGUCUAGGUCCUUUCGUUCGUCCGCCUCGUUACGAGUCUCUGGCAGUCUUCUCGACCUCGAUCAACCUCCCGUGCGGCCAUACACAUACAAUAUCCCUGAAGCCCAUCCAAGGGCCCGAUCAUAGCGAAUGGACGUUCGAGGGGCAUCUAGGCGGAUCUAAGUGUGGGGAGGCGGAGCAGUGGGCCAACGCACUCCUACCUUUCUUUGCCAGGCUCACGCAGCUCGUCAUCAACGAGGAGUCACGCCAGCAUAGGGCCUACGAACAGAGAGCCGACUUCGUUAUCCGGACGUCGUGCCUCCUCAUUCAUGAGGUUGCCGAUAUGCACUCAAUGACACAGCAGAAACUCGCCGAGGCGGAGCAGCAGGUUAAAGUGGUUUUGGUGAUCUUUGUGUUAGAAGCUCUUCACACGGCGUUGUGGAUUAUCCUUGGGUACCACUACCUCAUCGCCGAUCCGUUUAUUUCCGGAAGCCUCGAAAAAGGACAUUGGUCUGCAAGGCUCGCUGUCGUCACCACUGCGUGCACUGUGACUGUAACGGAAUGCUUUUACAUUCGUCGCGUCUACCUCAUCGGCCCCAAGUACCGAUGGCUUGUGACACCAUCCGUGGCUUUUCUGGUCAUGGCUGACGGAUUCGCCAUCGCCGCCAGUAUAUCGGCUUUCAGGUUUACGCCCAGUAUCGCGGAUUUCCAGAACAUCAGCUGGCUUGUAUCCGUGGGAUAUGGUCUCGCUGGAGUAGGCGAUGUUGUUUUGGCCUGCACCCUUGUCUUUGUGCUCCAUCGCUCGCGUACGGGCUCGAAAAGGACGGACUCCAUACUCGAUACGUUGAUCAUAUACAGUAUCAAUACUGGUGUUUUAACGAGCAUAUUCAGCAUUCUCUCUUUCAUCUUCGCACUUAUAAUUCCCGGAAAUCUGAUAUACGCCGGGCUCAGCAUCGUCGGAACGAAGCUGUACGCUAAUUCCGUGCUCGCAGUGCUCAACUCGCGACGUGAGAUCAACAACCGCUUCGCAGACGACUUCACGACCUUCGACCUGCCCGAGAUACCCCAAGAUGCAGGUGGAACGCGGCACCCCGAAAGGGUCAUAUCCUCACUCGCCUGGAACGCGCCCCGGCGCUCCUCGUAUCUCUCGGACUGCGAGAGUGUCGGUCAGAUCGACGACAUUACCUUCGCUUCCGGCAGGGAUGGCUCAUGCGACGAGCCUGUGCAAGGCGCCGCAGAGCUGAAGUCUAGCGUGGGGGUGUAA